GAGCUGUGGAGGAAGAGGGACAAGCGGUCACACCAACACCUUGGAGUUGGGCUGGGUCUACGUGGAGCCCCAGAGAUGCUCCCCAGCCCAUUCUUCCCAAGAACUGAUGAGUAAAAUUAGGGGCCUCUCUCCUGAGUUCAGGGAACCAUGCUCUGGAGUGGAACUUGGGGUGGAAAACGGCCUUCUUUGUCAACUGAUUCAUUCUCCAGAAUUCAACUUGUUCUCCAACUCAGUGGUGUUUGAAAGCAACUUUAUCCAGGUCACGAAGCCCGGAAAGUGGGUGAAUGUAUAUGAAGACUCCACCACAGUGACCCUUGGGGUGACCUCCUCAGUGCCUUCCUUGCCACUCCCCAACGUCCUCCUGAUGGCCAAUGUCACCUGGCCUCAGCUCUCCACCUGGAACACACCUGGGGUUGCCCCAGUCAUCACGCUGAGCAGGAUUCUGCCCCUGAGGUAUGUGGAGCUACAAAUCUGUGACCGGCCCCAACGCAUCCUGCGGGUCAGGACAGUGACUGAGAAGAUCUACUACCUGAGGCUCCAUGAAAAACACCCAGAGGCCGUGUUUGAAUUCUGGAUCCGCUUGGUGAAAAUUCUACAGAAAGGUCUAUCCAUCACCACCAAAGACCCUAGAAUCUGCUUCACUCACUGCCUGGUGCCCAAGCUGCCCAGAUUCUCCACGGAAACAACACCUGAGAGCAGCCUCCCUGGGUCCUCCCAGCCCAGCGAGACCCUCCUGCUGUUGGCAGCCGAGCAGACCAGCGGCAGUUUCUCAGAACUCUCUCAAAGGACCCAGUUCACAGCAGACAGAAGCACCGACACUGCCAUCAAAAUAGGCAGUUCCAGCAGUUGCAACAAGAUACCCUCGCCAGUGGCAUCGCCCAUCAGUGUGAACAUACCCAUGAGAGCCACCUUGAGCCACAGCCUCUGGGAACAAGAUGACCCUAAUGAGCACCUCCUGCAGGCGCCUGCAGCCAGUUCCCUGGGGGAGAACUUUCUGGGGCCCUAACACCUAAUCAGCACGGGCGAUCAUCCCUGGCUUCUGUACCCUUGCGACAUCUCCUGUAAUGCUGUUCCCGUGGCGGCCAACCGACCACAGGAGCUCAGAUGGUAUUUAUAACAAGGUGCCUCUGUACUUCCACCAGUAAACCUCCAUGUAAGUCCCCGA